GUGACCUACGUGCGGAGCGGCCGGCGGGGCAGCGCCGCGCCCGCCUGCUGCGCCCCGCAGCCCCCGGGCAGCCGCCGCAGGAAGACUGUAAGAUGGCACAUUGAACUACAACCAUGGGCAAGUCCAACCCCUUCCCUCAACUAUGAGGCCUCAAGGUUCCUGAAGUACAUUAGCACUUCUCAGAUUUCAUGUGAACACAUGAACCUGAACAGCUUGAAAGGGUACUCCAAACCCACAAAAAAGCCCUGGUCAGUCUGUCUUGAUGAGAGGUUUAGCCUCAUCCACCGAAUCAGAAGCAAGAAAUGCCGUCUCUAUUCACUUGGGUUAGGCCACGAUGACAACCAGUUUGAGCUCAGCAUGGCCAACAGUGGCUGCGAGGUGCAUCGCUUCGACCCCAGCAUCAAGGCCGCUCACAUUCAGGAGGGCCAGCACCUCUGGUACCAUCGCCUCUCCAUUGACUGGAGGGAUCCCAACCCAGCCAUUGCAGCCCACAAACUUCACAGCAACACAAAGAAGCUGGGCACAGUGUUGAAUGAAUUUGGACAUCAGAAGAUCGACGUCCUCAAGGCAGACGUGGAGAGUGCUGAGUGGAAAAUUUUGGAAAACCUGAUCCUGGAAGAUGUUGUUGAGCAGAUAGGACAGCUGGUCUUUGAGGUGCACAUCCACUGGCCUGGGUUUGAGGUCAGUGGCAAUGACAGCACCGUGGUGCGGUACUGGUACAGCCUGCUCCGAGAACUGGAGCUGAAGGACUUCAGGCUUUUCCACACCUACAAAGACUUAUCAAAACCACAGAUGUUUCUGAAAAAGGAAGCCUUCAACGCCAGUAGCUGUUACACACUGAGCUGGGUAAAUACAAGAUGGAAAUAGCAGAAAAGAAUUUAUGAUGUGUGAUUGUGAGCCAUCUGGCCCCAUAGUGUUACUGAAGAGGAUUUUGGUGUCACUGGCUAAAGUUGCUAAAUAUGCACGCAGUGACUGCUAACAAAAUGAACUGGCUUUUAUAUUUAUAUGUUGUGAAAAGAACUGGCACUAGGAGAAGAUACAUGGUGCAGAUUUGUAUAGCAAUAUAUUUGCCAGUGGGUACAUUGUCCCAGAGGACAGAGGUUUCUGUAAAGCUCUGUCUGGGGGAGCUAAGAGCAUGGCUUUUCCAGGCUGCCCCCUGCCUGAGCAUGCCAGCCAGGAGGGCAUCCCUCUGGGGCUGCCUCAGGAAGCUCUGCUGGCUGAGCUGGACCAGCCCUUGGGCAGGACAGUGCUUGUGGUGAGGUGUCUUUUAAAGAAAGUGUCAAGUGUUACUUUUCUGUAAAGUGAUUAUCUUUGAUUUGCAACUUUUUUACUUUGGCCUUGUUUCCGAUGGAACAAACUUUAGGCAAGAACAAUAUGUUCUUGAGCCCACUGGCAAAUUUCAGCUGAAUUUGGCAGAGACAGAAAUCACCACCAAACAAAGUCCCUACCUAUUUAUUUGAGCAGGUUCUGAGUGCCCUGACCUAGGUUUUUUAACCUAAUCUGGGAGCAGAAAGUGACUUCAACACUUCUGAAAUGGGAGACAGUGGGACAGAGUCACUCAGCUGCUGGAUAAGCUGCUGCCAGCGCUCCCCUUCCUCAUCCACAAGAGCCUUCAGCCACAGAAGACAGGGCUUCUCUAGUUCAUCUGCUCAAAGAACAGCUUGAUUGAAAUUACUCAUGCAAUGGCUGCAGCAAGUGGUUUUUGAUCUAGUGAGAUAGAUGUAAGAGACAAAAAUGCAACGUGGGCUUUUUUGUUUGUUUUGGGGUUUAGUUGAACAUUUCCUGGUGCCUUUUCAGUGCUGUGUCUCACCACCUUGCCUCUCCCUGGCAUAAGGAGGCCAGAGCCUGGAUCUGUACUAAUGCUGGUAGAGGUGGCAGCCCAAGCAGAUGCCCUGGACUGCAGCUGUGCUGGGGCUCUGCUGGAAUGUGGAUUGUCUGCAGUGCCCCUGGGAGCCUUUGACAUUCCCCAAAGAGAUAAGGAAUGGGGGGAGCUAAAAAUAUAUAGCAGGUUGGAUUUUUUCUUAUCUUUAGAUGAAUUUUGACAUUAAACUUUUCAUUAAAAUA